AUGACGUCCGGCAAACAUUCCCGUGCCUUAGCCGGAGCCGCUGACGCCGGGGGUUGGUACAGGGGCUCCAGAAGAAGCCAGGGAAGGGGGUGGUCGACUACUCCCCACCCAGUCGCCACCAUGCCCAUCUCUCCGGUAAACAGCCGCAAGCAGCCGAACGUCGGGGUAAACACUGGCGCACAGCCGAAGAGGUCUAUUAGCUCUACUGGCCCAGCAAAAGGAGCGCAAAUGAAAGGAGGAUAUAUUAGUGCAAACCAAAGCAGAAUGGCUGUGUCAAAAACCAUGGUGAUUCUACCUGACCCAAAAACAGUAGAAAAAAUGAAUACUUCCUCCACAAAGACAGUCACGCGGGUGACUGAUAUACAUGGAGUUGAUGUUACUCCCAGACCUCUUUACCAUCCAGAUGCAUAUACUGGUACAGCAAAGCCAAAUAAACUAUUGACAUCACAAGAAGGAUCACGUACAUCAGACUUCAUAGCUUCCUAUAGCCUUUAUCAGAAUACAAUAAAUCCUAGUAUGUUAGGGCAGUUUACAAGGUCAGUUUUAGGAAGCAGUACAGUUUCUAAGUCAAGUACAUCCACUACUGAAUCAAUGGUAGAAGACCUAGAAGAACCAUCCUUUAAACGGGAAAGGUUGGCUAGUUUUACAGAUUUACGAGUUAUUAGGGCAACACCUGGAAAAAUUGUAACAAAAGAAGACCUGGAGAAGACUAUAGAGAUAAUACUCACAGAGACAGAAACGAUGAACUUUUUAAACCUACCAACAGUCAUGGUUUCUGUAGAAUCUGAAGAAGCUGAGAAAGUAAGCCAGAGAAACAAGAACUAUGAAACUCUUUGUCGAAAUAGAUUAGGCAAUGACUUAUAUGUAGAAAGGAUGAUGCAGACUAUUAAUGGAGCACCAAAGAAUAAACACGUUCAAUGUGACAAAAUCAUGAAGGAAGACAAAGGCAUAAUGUCCACUGCUUGGGAUUUGUAUGAUUCUUAUAAUGCUAUGGAGCUUUCAUCUUUACCAGUAAAACCAUCUACAGUUGAUUCAAGUAGUAAAGCAAGCAUACCUUCUAAAGACUGGGACCAAAGGCUGCCAGGGAGUAAUUUAGAAAAAAUUAGUGAAGGUAGUUCUCUAAUGGAUAUUGAAAAUGUAAUUCUGGCUAAAGUCCAUGAGGAAGAAGAAGACAACUCAGAGGCAGUAUUGAAAUCUGAUAAGUUCCAACAGGACUUAUUUUUUAUGGAACGAGUUAUAAUGGAAAAUAUAUUUCAGCCAAAACUUGCAGCUUAUCGUCAGCUUCCUGUUUUAAAAGAACCAGAACCUGAAGAACCUGAAGACUUUUUAGUAGGUGAAAAACUUGAAGAGGUAGAAGAAGAGGCUAAGAAGGAAGAGGAAGAAGAAAUAGAAAUAGGUUCAGAACAAUCAACAAUACCAGCCAAUUUGGAACGACUUUGGUCCUUUUCCUGUGACGUAACCAAAGGCCUUAAUGUGAGCAGCCUUGCCUGGAAUAAAACAAAUCCAGACCUUUUGGCUGUUGGCUAUGGGCACUUUGGAUUUAAGGAGCAAAAAAGAGGAUUGGCUUGCUGCUGGUCAAUAAAGAAUCCCAUGUGGCCAGAACGUACUUAUCAGAGUCCAUGCGGCGUUACUGCUGUGGAUUUUUCAAUUGGAGCACCUAACCUUUUAGCAGUUGGCUAUCACAAUGGCACUAUUGCAAUUUAUAACGUACAGAGCAACAGUAACGUUCCAGUUCUGGAUAGUAGCGAAUCACCUCAAAAACAUUUGGGACCUGUAUGGCAACUACAGUGGAUAGAACAAGAUCGAGGGACAGCAGGUGAUGACAAAAGAGAAAUACUAGUUUCUAUAUCAGCAGAUGGAAGGAUCUCCAAAUGGGUUAUACGGAAAGGACUGGACUGUCAUGAUUUGAUGCGUUUGAGGAGAACUACUGCUAGCAGCAGCAAAAAAGGAGGGGAAAAAGAAAAGAAAGGUGAAGCUUUGAUAUCUCGACAGGCUCCUGGAAUGUGUUUCGCUUUUCACCCCAAGGACACAAAUAUCUAUUUGGCUGGCACUGAAGAAGGUCAUAUUCACAAAUGUUCUUGUUCAUAUAAUGAGCAAUAUCUAGAUACCUACAGAGGACACAAGGGUCCAGUGUAUAAAAUAGCAUGGAAUCCAUUUUGUCAUGAUGUAUUCUUAAGCUGUUCUGCAGAUUGGGGCGUUAUUAUAUGGCAACAUGAGAAUCUUAAGCCAUUUUUGAGUUUUUAUCCAACUACUUAUGUUGUUUAUGAUGUUGCCUGGUCUCCAAAAUCAUCCUAUAUAUUUGCAGCUGCAAACGAAAGCAGAGUGGAGAUUUGGGACCUUCACAUCAGCACUUUGGACCCUCUGAUUGUGAAUGUUGCUAACCCUGGAAUCAAAUUCACAACUGUUCUCUUCACUAAGCAAACAGAUUGCCUUCUGGUGGGAGACAGUGAUGGACAAGUUGCUGUGUAUGAAUUAAGAAAUAUGCCCACUGCUUUGGACUCUAACCGGGGAGAUAUAAUAGAUACUUUGCUUGGGCCCAAGUCAAAUCAAAGCAUAAUUCAUCAUCAGUAGUAUCUUUUUUGUUGUUUUUUAAAGGAACAGUGUUUAAUAUCCAAUAGUCUGGUUUGUAUGCAGUAAGCUGGGAUUUUGAUUAUAGAACACAAUAUUUGAUGUAUAACUUCCAUCUAAAUUUAAUAUAAACUUAAUGAACUUUUACUUCAGAGAAAUGUGAUUAGUUUGUGAUUUAAGCUAAUUGUAAGAGUUUUACUGGGUUUUUCUUAAUUUUUUGAAAUUUAUUUCUAUUCUUUUUCUUAGUCAUAGUCCAAGUACAUAUAUGUACUUAUAAAAUAUCCAAAUAAGUUAGAAAUUGUUAUUCCUUUAGAAGCAAAGCUUGGAAAGUAUUAGAAUUAUUUAAACCAGAAUCUUUAUUAAGACAAAGUUCCAUACACUUUUAAAUCUUCUGCUUUCUGAGCUGUGUUUUCCAGGGUUUAUGAAUUUUGCAGGUGUUAGUAUUGUGAGAAUACUAGAUUUUCAUACCCAAUUUUAAAUAAGAAUUUUAUACUCUUAGACCUGAGAGCUGAAACUAUAGAACAUUGUUAGACUAUUUGACAAACAAAAGACAUGACAAUAAAUGUCAGAAUUGCAUUGUUUGGCCAGCAGGCAUCAUACACUCAAUUCAGAGAGAAUUAGUCUGGGACGCAUCGGGGCAUCCUCCUCUACAUCCUUCAGAAUCUGCUCUGGGUUUUAAGACCAGACUUAAGUGGGCCCAGAGAUAAAAUAGAAGUCCCUGAUCUGUAGUUUGCAUCAGGAUGUUAUUUUGUGAAGUGUUCUAGAGCAAGCUUGUGGAAAUUGGAGGAGUGGGAGGCAGCAACUCCUCCAAAUAUAGAUCGCUAACUGUCUGUUCCAUGCUGUUUGUCUUAAAAAUCUUACAGUUUGUUAACUGAGACCAUAAGACAGUAUAGCCUGUUCUAUAAAGCAUUCUAAGUAGAGAGGAGAGGAUAAGGCACUUGAAACUCACUAAACUGUCUGAAAAAUAAUAUUAAAAAUGAGAAUGGGAUCAGAGCAGCAGUGGGAAUUAUCAAUCUCCAUUUCUUUGGAGCCAUCCUUUAAACAAAAGCAAGGCAAUUUUUAGGUGGACUGAAAGCUAAGGUCAGGUUAUAAGGUAUAAGGAUUAUAAA